CGGUAGAAGCCAAGGGAGGCGUCUUGCUGGUCCCUGUCUGAGCCGCGCUCCCAACUCCCACACGACGACGUCGCAUCACAAUUGCAGGACACUCGGUCAUAGUCGCGAUCGCAAGAUGAAAUCAGGACCGCUCGCUCGCUCGCUCGCUCUGGUCGAUUCGUGCGGUCGUCAUGAUGGAUUCAAAAGUCGCUUCCGCUCCAAGCUUGACAAUUCCAUUUCUAAUAAAUCCGAUGCAUUCGUCGUCGCCUUAGUCUUCGGCUUCCUGUCUUUUCCUUUCUUUUAAUUUAUUUUCUUCACCAUUUUAAGCAGUGCUUUAUUGAUCGAAAUUACUUUUCUUGCCGUCACCUCCUCCUCCUCCUCCUCGCUCAUCGUUUUCGCUUUUGCUCCGGAGGAGUGCCCGCGAGGGUUCUUUCGGUCUUCGCCUGAAGCCCCCGACCCGAUCACCAUGGCUUCGGCCAACGCUCCCAUCGCCAUGCGGGAAGUCCUCACGCUCCCCAGUCUCGGAAUCAACCCUCAGUUCGUCACCUUUACGCAUGUGACCAUGGAAUCGGACAAGUACAUAUGCGUCAGAGAGACGGCUCCGCAGAACAGCUUGGUUAUCAUCGACAUGAGCAUGCCCAUGCAGCCGUUGAGGAGGCCGAUCACGGCAGACUCGGCUUUGAUGAAUCCCAAUGCCAAGAUCCUCGCUCUGAAAGCACAAUUACAGGGAUCCACACAGGAUCAUCUUCAGAUUUUCAAUAUUGAUCAGAAGACUAAAAUAAAAUCUCACCAGAUGCCUGAGCAGGUUGUCUUCUGGAAAUGGAUUAACCCGAAAAUGUUGGGAAUAGUUACACAAACUUCGGUCUAUCAUUGGUCAAUAGAAGGUGAAGGUGAGCCUGUCAAGAUGUUCGAUAGGGCAGCUAAUUUAACAAACAAUCAAAUCAUCAAUUAUCGUUGUGACCCUUCAGAAAAAUGGCUUGUUCUCAUUGGAAUUGCACCUGGAGCUCCUGAGAGACCCCAACUGGUGAAAGGACAUAUGCAGCUUUUUUCAGUGGAACAGCAGCGCAGCCAGGCACUUGAAGCACAUGCUGCAUCUUUUGCAUCAUUUAAGGCUGCUGGAAAAGAAAACCCCUCUACUCUUGUUUGUUUUGCCUCGAAGACCACUAAUGCUGGACAGAUUGCCUCUAAGUUGCAUGUGAUUGAACUCGGAGCCCAACCAGGUAAACCAGGCUUCACUAAGAAACAAGCAGAUUUAUUUUUUCCACCAGAUUUUGCUGAUGACUUCCCAGUGGCAAUGCAGAUCUCACAAAAGUACAGUUUAAUAUAUGUGAUCACGAAGCUCGGUCUGUUGUUUGUUUACGAUCUUGAAACAGCAACAGCAGUUUACAGAAAUCGAAUUAGUCCAGAUCCUAUAUUCUUGACCUCAGAGGCUUCAACAGUUGGUGGAUUUUAUGCUAUCAAUAGGAGAGGGCAGGUUUUGUUGGCUACUGUUAAUGAAGCAACCAUUGUGCCAUUUGUCAGUGGUCAAUUGAACAAUCUGGAGCUUGCUGUUAGCCUUGCUAAAAGAGGAAAUCUUCCAGGGGCAGAAAAUUUGGUUGUGCAAAGGUUCCAUGAAUUGUUUUCUCAGACAAAAUACAAGGAAGCUGCUGAAUUGGCUGCUGAAUCUCCAAAAGGCAUCCUGAGAACUCCAGAGACUGUGGCGAAGUUUCAAAGUGUUCCUGUGCAAUCUGGACAGACACCACCUCUUUUACAAUACUUUGGAACAUUGUUAACAAGAGGAAAACUUAAUGCUUUUGAGUCUUUGGAGUUAUCUCGCCUUGUUGUAAAUCAGAACAAAAAGAAUCUAUUGGAAAAUUGGUUGGCUGAAGACAAGCUUGAGUGUAGUGAAGAACUUGGGGAUCUUGUGAAGACUGUGGACAAUGAUCUAGCAUUGAAAAUCUAUAUAAAAGCCAGGUGUACUCCAAAAGUUGUUGCUGCUUUUGCUGAACGAAGAGAGUUUGACAAGAUACUUAUUUAUUCGAAGCAGGUGGGAUACACACCAGAUUACCUUUUCCUUCUGCAAACAAUUUUAAGAUCAGAUCCUCAGGGAGCAGUUAAUUUUGCUCUCAUGAUGUCCCAAAUGGAGGGUGGCUGUCCGGUGGAUUACAAUACAAUUACUGAUCUUUUUCUCCAGAGAAAUAUGAUCCGGGAGGCGACAGCUUUUCUGUUAGAUGUUUUGAAGCCCAAUUUACCUGAGCAUGCCUUUCUUCAAACUAAGGUUCUGGAGAUCAAUUUGGUGACAUAUCCUAAUGUUGCAGAUGCUAUAUUGGCUAAUGGAAUGUUUAGUCAUUAUGAUCGUCCUCGGAUAGCUCAGCUGUGUGAAAAGGCUGGCCUUUAUAUACGAGCCCUUCAGCAUUACACAGAGUUGCCUGAUAUUAAGCGUGUGAUAGUGAACACACAUGCCAUUGAACCACAGGCACUUGUGGAGUUCUUUGGUACUCUUUCUAGUGAGUGGGCUUUAGAAUGCAUGAAGGACCUUUUGCUUGUGAAUCUGAGAGGCAAUCUUCAAAUAAUUGUACAGACUGCCAAAGAAUAUUCUGAGCAGUUAGGUGUGGAUGCUUGUAUACAGCUAUUUGAGCAAUUCAAGUCUUAUGAAGGUCUUUACUUCUUCUUGGGAUCAUACUUGAGUUCCAGUGAAGAUCCAGAUAUACACUUUAAAUAUAUUGAGGCAGCAGCCAAAACUGGUCAAAUUAAAGAAGUUGAACGUGUAACAAGAGAAUCCAACUUCUAUGAUCCAGAGAAAACAAAGAAUUUCCUGAUGGAAGCCAAACUUCCUGAUGCAAGGCCUUUGAUAAAUGUUUGCGACCGUUUUGGUUUUGUUCCUGAUUUAACUCACUUUUUGUACACAAACAAUAUGCUCCGAUAUAUUGAAGGUUAUGUCCAGAAAGUGAACCCAGGCAAUGCACCUAUGGUAGUAGGACAGCUGCUAGAUGAUGAGUGUCCGGAAGAUUUUAUAAAGGGUCUGAUUCUUUCCGUUCGUUCUCUCCUUCCAGUCGAGCCUCUUGUGGCUGAAUGUGAGAAGAGGAACCGUCUGCGACUACUCACACAAUUUCUGGAGCAUCUCGUGAGUGAAGGGAGCCAAGAUGUGCAUGUUCACAAUGCUUUAGGAAUGAUCAUCAUUGACAGCAAUAACAAUCCGGAGCAUUUUCUGACAACAAAUCCAUACUAUGAUUCACGUGUUGUGGGCAAAUAUUGUGAAAAACGGGAUCCCACACUUGCAGUUGUCGCAUAUAGACGAGGUCAAUGUGAUGAUGAACUUAUAAAUGUCACUAAUAAAAAUUCGCUGUUCAAGUUGCAAGCCAGAUAUGUCGUCGAAAGAAUGGAUGCUGAUCUGUGGGAGAAAGUUCUUGUUCCUGAAAAUGAUUACAGAAGGCAACUCAUUGAUCAGGUUGUUUCUACUGCAUUGCCCGAAAGUAAGAGCCCAGAGCAAGUCUCUGCAGCUGUUAAAGCUUUCAUGACUGCUGAUCUUCCACAUGAACUGAUUGAAUUACUUGAAAAGAUUGUGCUCCAGAAUUCAGCCUUUAGUGGGAAUUUUAAUCUGCAAAACCUUCUGAUUUUAACUGCCAUCAAAGCAGAUCCAUCUAGGGUUAUGGAUUAUGUGAAUAGAUUGGACAACUUUGAUGGCCCUGCAGUGGGUGAGGUGGCUGUUGAAGCUCAACUGUAUGAGGAAGCUUUUGCCAUCUUUAAGAAAUUCAACUUAAAUGUGCAGGCAGUCAAUGUCCUCCUGGACAACAUUCAAAGCAUAGAGCGAGCUGUAGAAUUUGCAUUCCGUGUAGAAGAAGAUGAUGUGUGGAGUCAGGUAGCCAAAGCUCAGUUACGUGAAGGUUUAGUGAGUGAUGCAGUAGAGUCAUUCAUUCGUGCAGAUGAUGCUACCCAAUUCCUAGAUGUUAUUCGGGCUGCUGAGGAUGCAAACAUUUACCAUGACUUGGUGAAGUACUUACUGAUGGUGAGGCAAAAGAUCAAAGAACCAAAGGUGGAUAGCGAACUCAUAUAUGCAUAUGCAAAGAUUGAUAGGCUGGGUGAAAUUGAGGAAUUCAUUCUUAUGCCCAAUGUUGCUAAUCUCCAAAAUGUUGGUGAUCGCUUGUUUGAUGAUGCCCUGUAUGAAGCUGCGAAGAUCAUAUUUACUUUCAUUUCUAACUGGGCAAAGCUGGCUAGUACACUGGUCAAGCUCAGGCAGUUCCAGGGUGCAGUGGAUGCAGCUCGAAAAGCAAAUAGCUCAAAGACAUGGAAGGAAGUUUGUUUUGCUUGUGUUGAUGCUGAGGAAUUCCGCUUAGCACAAAUUUGUGGUCUAAAUAUCAUUAUCCAGGUUGAUGACUUGGAAGAGGUCAGUGAUUAUUAUCAGAACAGGGGUUGCUUUAAUGAGUUAAUCUCCCUCAUGGAAAGUGGCCUUGGAUUGGAACGUGUUCACAUGGGUAUUUUUACAGAGUUGGGAGUCCUGUAUGCCAGAUAUCGACCAGAUAAACUUAUGGAACACAUUAAACUUUUCUCAACUCAGCUUAACAUUCCCAAACUUAUCCGUGUGUGUGAUGAGCAACAACAUUGGAAGGAGCUAACCUAUCUGUAUAUUCAGUAUGAUGAGUUUGACAAUGCUGCCACGACUAUAAUGAACCAUUCUCCGGAUGCAUGGGAUCACAUGCAGUUUAAAGAUGUUGUCGUCAAAGUAGCAAAUGUUGAGCUUUAUUACAAAGCAGUGCAUUUCUACCUGCAAGAACAUCCUGAUCUAAUUAAUGAUCUUUUGCAUGUCCUCGCCCUUCGUGUGGACCACACUCGUGUAGUAGAUAUAAUGCGGAAGGCUGGUCAUUUGCAUCUUGUGAAGCCGUACAUGGUUGCAGUUCAGAGUAACAAUGUAGCUGCUGUUAAUGAGGCACUAAACAAAAUUUAUGUCGAGGAGGAGGAUUAUGACAGGUUACGGGAAUCAGUUGAUAUGCAUGAUAACUUUGAUCAGAUAGGCCUUGCACAGAGGAUUGAAAAGCAUGAGCUUCUCGAAAUGAGGCGUAUUGCUGCAUAUAUCUACAAGAAAGCAGGAAGAUGGAAGCAAUCCAUUGCACUGUCUAAGAAGGACAACCUAUACAAAGAUGCAAUGGAGACAUGUUCACAGUCUGGUGACCGUGAACUUUCUGAAGAGCUGCUUGUUUAUUUUAUUGAGCAGGGAAAGAAAGAAUGUUUUGCUUCAUGUCUCUUCAUUUGUUAUGACCUGAUUCGUCCUGAUGUUGCUGUUGAACUCGCCUGGACGAACAAUAUGCUGGACUUUGCUUUCCCAUACCUCUUGCAGUUUAUUCGGGAGUAUACGAGCAAAGUUGAUGAACUUAUUAAAGACAAGAUUGAAGCACAAAAUGAAGUAAAAGUAAAAGAAAAUGAGGAGAAGGAUUUGGUUGCUCAGCAGAAUAUGUAUGCUCAGUUGCUACCCUUGGCGUUGCCAGCUCCACCAGUGCCUGGUAUGGGAGGUCCAGGCAUGGGUGGACCUUUUCCACCUCCGCCACCCAUGGCUGGUAUGGGGAUGCCCCCGAUGCCGCCAUUUGGAAUGCCUCCUAUGGCAACGUACUGAGAUGAUAUAGUGGGGGAAGGGAAGUGUUACUGAGGAAGAAUCCUGGGUUUGGGAUGCAUCUUCAUAAGGUUAUUAUCUCGUCAAUCCUUUUUCUUUCGGUUCCAGGCAUUUUGUGAUUACCAUUAAGGCCCAAAGAUUACGAAUGGUUUCUGCUUCAUAGAACAGAGGAUCGUGUGUAGAUUUGUAUGAACAGUAGCUGGAAGGCACAUAUAUAGGUUCUUAUCAUCUCAUGUCAAUUAUAAUUGUGUAUGUUUACUUUUUGUACUCUACCGCCGGAUGUAUCCUUUUUUGCUUGUUUGCUUUUCUUGAGGUUGUAUGCCAGAUUUCUUGUUUCUGUAUCCUUUAAUGAAUUUUGUAAGUGCCUGUACAGUAAUAAUAUUCUGACAGUGCUCAUUCGGAAGCAGUUUACAGCAAA